AGCGUACAGGAGGAGUGCAUUUCCCCUGGCUGAUCCCUGCCUACGGGAACAACAGGACUAAGCCAGUCACACAUCACCCUGGGGAUUAGUCACAGGAGCAACUUGGAAAGCCAUCCCGGCACGGAAUUUUGUUCCUAUGUAACAUCCGCGACGGUGGCAGCAUGAAGAAAUCAGUACACUCAGGAAUCUCCAGGACCUCCAGUGGGAGACUUCGGCGACUCGGUGACCCGACAAGUCCAACUCUGAAGCGAUCUUUCGAGGUCGAGGAGGUAGACCAGUCUCUAAACGCCUCCACGCCACAAAGACGGACCCCGAACCCUCUCCUCAGGUCCACCGUAUCCAGCUCCACACAGAAAUUCCAGGAUCUCGGUGCCAGGAAUUCGGAGACACCUGCCAGACAUGCAGACUCUCCAGGCCAAAGGUCACCUAAGUCGUCUCUGAGGAGGGUGGAGCUCUCCGGACCCAAACUCCCUGAGCCUGUGUCACGAAGAACAGAAAUCUCCAUUGAUAUCUCAUCCAAGCAAGUGGAAAACUCCACUCCAGGGUUAUCAAGGUUCGGCCUCAAGAGAGCAGAGGGGCUGGGGCACAAACCCCCUGAGCCCACCCCAAGAAGGACUGAGAUCACUAUAGGCAAGCCUCAGGAGCCCGCUGUCCGGAGGAUGGAAGCCCCCACCUCAAAGAUCCCGGAGCUGCCCCAGCGGAAAGCCGAGACAGCCAGUGCCCCUGUGCCAGAGGUUGCCACCAAACGGGUAGAAAUCCAGGUGGCAAAGUCUCCAGAGGUCCCAGUCCCACCUGUCAGGCAAGUGGAGAAUUUGGAGCCUUCCUUGGCCAGUCAACAUCUCCAACCAGAAUCAAAGCCGCAACCAGUAAUGGUUGAAAUCCCUCCAAAGAGUCCAGAGGGUCCAGAGGCAGUUCCCAGUUACACGCCCAGCAUGACGGACGCCGCCAGAGACACCGGCCUCAAGCAGGCGGCACCACCACGGCCCGAAAAGCCGGCCCCCGACUUCAGCUACGUCGGGAUCGACGCCAUCCUCGAGCAGAUGAGAAGAAAAGCCAUGAAGCAGGGAUUUGAGUUCAACAUCAUGGUAGUUGGUCAGAGUGGCUUGGGGAAGUCCACGUUAAUCAACACCCUCUUCAAAUCCAAAGUCAGCCGGAAAUCCGUUCAGCCAGCUUCUGAAGAGCGAAUCCCCAAAACCAUCGAAAUAAAGUCGAUCACUCAUGAUAUUGAGGAGAAAGGCGUCCGUAUGAAGCUGACGGUCAUUGACACCCCAGGGUUUGGAGACCACAUCAACAAUGAGAACUGCUGGCAGCCCAUCAUGAAGUUCAUCAAUGACCAGUACGAGAAGUACUUGCAGGAGGAGCUCAAUGUUAACCGGAAGAGGCGGAUCCCAGACACCAGGGUUCACUGCUGUAUAUACUUCAUCCCAGCCACCGGCCAUGCCCUCCGACCGCUAGACAUCGAAUUCAUGAGACGCCUGAGCAAAGUGGUGAACAUCGUGCCAGUCAUCGCCAAAGCCGACACGUUAACGCUGGAGGAGAGAGACUACUUCAAAAAACGGAUCACGGCCGACCUGCUCUCCAAUGACAUUGACGUGUAUCCCCAGAAGGAAUUUGAUGAAGACUCUGAGGACCGGCUGGUGAAUGAGAAAUUCAGAGAAAUGAUUCCAUUUGCAGUGGUGGGCAGUGACCAGGAAUACCAGGUUAAUGGGAGAAGAAUUCUUGGAAGGAAAACAAAGUGGGGCACCAUUGAAGUUGAGAACACGACACACUGUGAGUUUGCUUACCUGCGGGAUCUCCUGAUCAGGACACACAUGCAGAACAUCAAGGACAUUACCAGCAGCUUCCACUUCGAAGCCUACCGAGUGAAGCGGCUGAAUGAGGGCCGGAGUGCGCUCUCCAAUGGCAUGGCUGACCAGGAGGCCAACGAAAUGUAACAGUCUCGCUCCGACGCCAGGACCCAUCGCGCUCGCUCUCUCAUUUCUUUCCCUCCCUCCUUUAUUUUUAUAUAAUUCUUCUGCCACCGCCACCAUCCCCCUCCCCCGCGCUGCCGAUGUUAACUGACCAAAUAACCUGAUGCCGUAUCUAUCGUGAAGAGCGUGGUGACUGCCAGUCCCCUGGUGCUGCCCGUCUCGUGGCGCAGGGGUUCCGUUCUCAGCUCCCAUUGGGUGUAGCGAGGGGCAGCUGGGUGGUUGAACAGGAUGGCAGGGGCGGGAGUAAGGGGAGGGGAGGAGAUGACUGUCCCAAAUCAGAAGUCAGUCUCUAUUUAUUCUCUAACACUAGCCAAAGUAUAACACCAGGGUAUGUGGAAGAGCCCCCUCAUGAAGGCCUGCUCCAGCUAACUCUACCUGGCUUCAACAGGAGCUGGAGCAGGCCCCGAGGGUUGUUUUAUAAUGAAAUCCAAGCUGUUAGGUAGGGGUGAGUCUCCUCCUCCUCCUUGCUCAUAGGAGCCGAUCAUGAAAUGAAUCUGAUUUCCCUCUCCUCCGUGUCUUGAAACGGCGCCAUGGAGUAGGGGCGGGGGCUGUUUCGGAGAAGAGACAGCCUGCCCUCCUUGCUGCCACGCAUCAUGUCUGUAAAGAUCGUUGGAACCAGAUGGCUUUGCCCUGCGUCACGUGGCUUUUUUAUUUUCUUCUCCGUCCAUUGAAGGCAAGGCUUUCUCUAAGUAAAUGUGGCCUUCGUAAGCGAGGUGCGGGCAUGAGGAUGGAUAGGGAAGGUGAUCACAAACUUACCUCUGCCUCCUUUCUUCUGCCUCCAGCCCUGUGCCUAGCCAACCCACUCACCCCACUCACUGUCACCUGCCUACAUGCAAUAAGCCAGGAAUGCCAUGGGGUGACUCAUGGAUCUCUAAAUCCCAGCCCACUCUGAGAGAAGUGCCUUUGAAUUCAGCUCUCAUGCAAUAGCUAGUUUGUCUGUGCAGCCUGCCAAAUGCCAAUUGAGAUUGACUCUUCAGAGAUUCUUCUACCCAGCUUUUCCCUGUCAUUCAGUGCUUGGACCAUACCUAUGGCGGGUUUCCUGGGAACACUUGUUUAUUUAUUUUUAAUUCAGUGUCAUUGUUGAAGGCUCAGAGUAUGUUUGUGCGUGAAGGGGGCUGAGAACAGAACCAUCUCUGCAAAGCACGGGCAGGGGGCCAGAAUUAUUUGUACUGUGUGACUUGUGUGUUUUAUUAGGUUUUAAAUAAGCCAGAGGAGGCUGUUGGAUCAAUUUGGUUUAUUCCUUUACCUGGGCAACUUAUAUGUACAUAGCCAGUUCCUUAAUCUGGCAAUGCUUUCUCUAGAAAACCAUGUGCGUGCACACAGACCAAGCCCCGCAUGCCACACGCAUGUUAGAAGCCUUCAGCUGUAAGAAAGGCUAGGCUGGUAUCUCACACAAGCUUUGUAGUAUAGGGUUCCUGAUCCCCAACAUGGUCUGUUGACUUAGAUCAGCUACCGUAAACGCCAAGUGUGCUUAAAUGAAACUCCAUGCCAGGGGCCAAUCCAGCAGGGACAGAACCACCCAUGUGCAAGUUGAUCUUUGAGCAGAGAUCCAGCUCUCCACCUUCGACUUCUGUC